CACAGUAACGCUGCUGUUGUCGUUCGAAGUCAUGUCUGAGAAAGCGCUCGGCCAGAAGUGGGACCGCUGCCUCGCUGACUGUGUCGUCAAAGUCGGCACUGGUCUGGGUAUAGGAAUUGUGUUCUCAGUUGUGUUCUUCAAGCGCCGGACGUUGCCCAUUGCAUUUGGUACAGGACUAGGUCUUGGGAUGGCAUAUUCCAACUGCCAGAAUGACUUGAGGUCACACUAUCAGCUGCAUAGUAAUGUUGCUAAGGAGCAGUAGAAUUGCAUCAGUUAUGGAUUCUAUCUUCUGCCUUGCUUUUCCUUCAUUUAAUGGUCAUGAAGCCAGACCGAGUGGUUGACUCCCUACUUCAUAUCGAUGUUCUUCAACAGGACAGCCUGUAUUUAUUUAAUAAAAUGUUUAAAAACAGAUAUUUGAAUUUAGAAGUUUGCUAAUGCGUAUUUGAAUGUGGUUUAUUAAAAGGUUUUGUAAACAUUGGUAUGCCCAUUUUCUUGCAUUCAGUGUUGCCUGUAUGCUCCUAGUGAUGGCGUGGGUGCUGCAGCUGCCGUCAUCUGGCUUUUUAUCCAGGCCUUGGUGAUUUUCUGCACCUGUUAAACUACUGCACGUAUUGUUUUAAACUAAAAGCUGGACAAACUGGCAAUGUUGGCAUGGUAACAAUUUUCCCCAGGUUUUUUGCUUUUUCUGUUGUUCAUAAAAUUGCACUUUUUUUUGGACUGAUGCUCUUUAGACAAAAGUAUAAGUGAGAAUUCUGGCCAAUAUAUUAAAAUAAUUUCCAUGCAUUAUGUGAUGUGUGAAUUUAAAUGGUAAUUAAUUUAUUAUAGAAAUAAGGCUUCAAAUAAUUAAACCAUAUGAGUCUAUAUAAACAUCUUGUCCUGGAAUAAACUUGAAAUCCAUAUCAAAACCUCCUUUUCCAAUUCUCAUUGUCAGUUUUUACAUUUGGAUAGUUCCAAAAGAGCAAAGAUACGUUAUUUUUCUAUUCUCGCCAUUUAAAGGGAUAUUCUAAUUUAAACAAGUCAUGCUCUAUCCACAUGGAUGUUGGCAUGCUGUCAGUUAGCUCAGAAAAUAAUUACAAACUGCAUUUGUGUUACCAAAAAAAGGCACUGAAAAGUUAUUCAAUUGCAGUGGAAGUCUUUAAAGAAAUGGACUGUACAACAUUAUUUUUUACUAAUUUCUCCACUUGGGCACUUGAGUUUUUUUUAUGGCUUUUGUGGUUUGAGGAAUGUUUUAAAAAAUAUAUA